AUGGCAUCAACGUCCGCGUCAGAGCCAGAAGUCAAGGCCUCUUUCAUUUCCCACCCUACGUCAACAACAUCGUCAACAUCAACGCUAACACCACCCCCGCCAACAGUAACACUCACACGGAAAAACAAGCGUCUUCACCUCUCAUCCUUCACCUCCCGAUACAGAAACAGCCUCCUCGCCAGCGUUGGCUACCUCGAGCUCGCCAACGCUGGCGAUUUUGCCGCUAACGUCUGGAAUGAGGUCCCCGUGCCCACACACGCCAAGAUCUGUAUGGGAAUAUUCGGCCCCAUCGUGCUGCUGAUGACCAUCUUCGCCGCGCGGGAUUUCGCUCUGAGCUGUGCAAAUGUCCUUCUGCUACUAUCUGAGCGGAAGGCCAUUAAAUCCUCUCAACAUGCCACCUCCACCCGCCCGGAGAAAAGGGAAAAGGAGAGGGAGGGCGUCCUAGGCGUCAACAAGCGCGAGCUCCUAACCGAGCUCCUGGAUCGCAUCGUCAUGGAUGUAUUACUUGGCGCUGGCGCUCUAAUCGUCGGCACGGGCACGAUUAUGGCCAUCUUCGGCGAUAAUCCGGCCGUCUAUGAAGCCUCGAAUUUGCUGAGCGGGUUUGUGGGGAAUGCGCCGGCGGCCGUCUUUGGGGUGGUGAAUGCGGUGUGGUCUKCGUAUUUGGUGUGGAGGGUGGAGAGAAGGGUGCGCGCUGUUGCUGGUCCGGCUGGGAAUGCGCUGCUGGGGGAGAGAGAACGGAGCAGAAUGACGACCCGAUACAGGAUGUUGCAGUGGCAUGGGAUUGUGAACGGGUUGAGUGGGUUGGUGGCCGGGAUGGCGAGCAUGGUCACGGCGAAGAUGUGGUGGGGGUAUGUGGUUUUGGUACCGUGUGCUGUGGUGGUGAUUGCGUCGAAUUGGUUCUGGAGGGCGAGAUUGGGGUAUGAUCGGGUCCUAUACACCCAGAGCCUCAGGGAAGGGCAUGGGGGUGAGAAGGAGGAUGAAGAGGGAGGAGAGGCAGCGGCUGAGUUGGUAAAGACUGUAGAUCUGCAGGCGAGAUUGCCGGAGCUGAUCGACGGCGGCACGCUGGAUUCGCUGAUGGAUUUCAUCGUGCAGAACGGAAUGUUCGACUUCUUUUGCCAGCGGCUGAUCAGAAGAUGGAAGGAUCAUCGUCUGUUCAUGGUUGAUGCGUCUACUCAAGGCAUUCAGAUUGCGCCCAAGGACUUCAUGGCAUUCCCGGAAAGGGAGCAAACCCGACUGCUGGACGAGUGUCGGUGCUUUCUACAAGGCGACGGGAUGAGGAUUCUCGUGCACCGCGAGCGAUAUCUGCUGGAGUUGGUCGGAGAGAUCAUCUGGACUCAGCCUCAAUCAUAG